GUUCUUUGGCGGAAUUGCGUAUACGGAAGUGAGACUGUAAACAAAAAGUGCAAAUCGUCUGCUAAUUUUUAAACCGAAAAAAAUUGCAUAUCAAUCUACUCUAAAUGCUUUUAAAGGUCUUCAUCUAACUGCCAUCACGUUUCUGUCAGAAGAUUUCGUUCAUUGUCAGGGCUGCCAGGUACCACUGCAGCCAUGUCGAGGAAGCAGACACCAAAACCAGUCAGGAGUAACAAGAAAAGCGAACUGGAGCGCAAGAGAGAUGAGAGGGCUGCACGUCGCGCUAUCGCUAAAGAUCGCAAAAACAAAGGGCAGGACGGAGAUGAUGGAGCAGAGUUUCUGAGCUUCUCCAACCAGCUUCAAGCCCUGGGGCUAAAACUCAGAGAGGUCCCUGGAGAUGGGAACUGUCUGUUCCGAGCUCUGGGUGACCAGCUGGAAGGUCACUCGCGCGCUCACCUCAGACUCAGGCAGGAGACGGUGGACUACAUGAACUCACACCGACAAGACUUUGAGCCUUUUGUGGAGGAUGAUGUCCCCUUUGAACAGCACUUAUCCAACCUGUCCCAGCCUGGAACGUUUGCAGGAAAUGAUGCCAUUGUAGCCUUUGCUCGUAGCCAAGAAGUUAAAGUAGUGAUCCACCAACUCAACACACCACUCUGGGAGAUUAAUGGUUCAGAGAAUCAGCUGUGUAGAGAGCUGCACAUUGCCUACCGAUAUGGAGACCAUUAUGACAGUGUGAGAAAGAUUGGGGACAACACAGAGAGUCCUGCCCAGCUACGGAUAGAGAAUCUACAAAAGGGUCAAAAGCGUGAAUUUGGUGAUGGUCAGAGAGACAGACAGAAGAAUAUUUCCCCUUCAGAUGAAGAAAACCUCAUCUUCAGCUCCAUCAGGAACAGAGGAAUAUCAGGGGAUGAGGAAAACCUGCUCCAGCUGAGUGCUGCUACCAUCAAUGCUGAGUGGCUGCUGGGUGCUCAGGCCUGCCAAUGUUCUUCCGGAUCCUGUUCAAAUUGCAAUAACACGCCUUCUGAAGAAAGUGAGCCUGGACAACCAGCAGAGGGCAACAAUGCACAGAAACCCAAGGCAUCUAACAAACAGCGGAAAGAGCAGCAUCGAUUGGAGAAGAAGAAGCGGCAGGAGGAGCGCCACCGUCAAAAGGUUCUCCAGGGAAAAGGGCUACAAGACCAGAACCAGAACCUGCCUGACGCUGUGACUUUAGUACCAGCUCUGAACACCCUGAGUCUAUAAACCAUCAUGCCCCUACUGCUGCUACAAAUAAUUCUCAAUACAUUUUGCACAUCCUAAGUCACGUUUAAUGACUUUUCCUUCAGAGAACCAUGUAGUUUCUCUGCAAACAGUAUCGAGGUGCCUGCAAACUUGAGUAAAUGGAUGAAUGUAUGAGGGGGUGAUUUUGUUGCGUAUGCUGGUGAGAUCCUCAAUGCCUUUUCAAGCUGGGGUCCUUGCUUUACCGUGCAGAUAAUCAUGGGCAGCCAUAUUGUCUGUUUACCGCCAUGGUAUUAUGUUUUGUGUUUUUUGUUAUUCAAAUGUAUAAGCAAAGAGGAAAGGGAAAAAUGCUGUGCUGUUUUCCCCUAAAUGGCAAUAAUUUAUAGGAGUAACAAUUACUUUUGGUUAUAUGGUUAACUGUCAACAUUAAGUUUGUAUUGUUUCAUUUUGUCCUUGAAUAUUUCUGUUUGUAUUUGUCUGUCCAAAUUCAAAAGUAGCCAACAGCACUUAAUGUUAAAUUGCAAGCAUUUAUCUAGGUAUUACAUGCUCAGAAAUCAAUUCUAUCAAUAAUCUGCAAUUUGCGGUCUGUAUGCGUGAAUAUGCAAUGUUUAUUCUGUUUGUAUUGGCUAAAAGCUGCUCAUCACAGAUCUAUCCAAAUAGAAGUGUUAAGUUAUUACAAAUUACAAUAUUUUGAAAAGUGAUUGAAUCUUUGCUGAAAGGUUCUCUACCCCUGUCAAUAUUGUAAUUAAAUUUUAUUUGUAUUUUCAGUUAUAUGAAGUGCAAGUUCCUCUGAAAGUAUAAGUUAUCCUCAGUGGCUGUGGUUACAUGUACAUUCAGAAUCUGAUCAUAUUUUGAGUUAUGAGAUUAUUAAAAUUACAUGAGAAUGGCAAAAUCUGAUGCAAGAAAUCUGAUUUUGUCAGAUCACAUCAGAUUUUUCAGUUUGCAUUAAAGGUCCAGCAAUCAAAUAGAUUUUUUUGUCCAUGUAACAAUAGCCACUGCCACCCACAUAAUUCCUUUGAAGGAACUAGAUUCGGCCGUUUUUUCCCCCAAAUGCGGAGCUUUGGAAGAGAAAUAUGCUCCACUAGUGCCCAGCGCUGCAGUCACACCUGUGGCUCAUAUUGUAUUUCUGUAAUAAAGACCAUUACAAGAUA